UUUCUUUCUCCCCAAUCCACACCAUUCUCCGGCGAGUUUACCCCUCACAAUUUUCAUUCCCCGGCGAAAUUUUGCAUGGAAUCAUGCCUCCCGUCGUUGUGGAAGAGCUAUCUGAAGAGGAACAAAAAGAACUUUUGCUUAAUCCACCUACUACAGAGAAUGUUUUGUGUCUGCAGUGUGGCAGCGGAAGGAAGUUCAAAUCUGUUAAAGACCUUCUGGAACAUUUCAAAGUUGUUCACCUCAAAACAACAAGAGAAUAUUUUGCAGCGAUUGUUCCAAUUUCUUUCGGUCGCACGGAGAACUGGCGGCUCAUCGCCAGUUCUUCAAACACCACUAUUGACGAACUAUGCUCCAUUUCCGAUCUUUUCAAUAUCGCGAAUGCAAUUGUCUCCAGGGUGAGCGAAUUUUUGAUUGGGGAGAACUACAAGGCUGAAUCUGAAGAAUUCCAGAAACACUCCCAAACUGCUAGACUGCUAGAGGUGGAUAUGAGAGAACUACUUUUGAUAUUUGCUACAGGUGGACUACUAGGGGGAUAUGAGUCCUUUUGAUGACGUUAUAUCACAAUAUUUUGUCAAUCUUAUUAGUCUUACCACACACAAUACUUUGUCAAUCUUAUUAGUCUUUACCACACACAAUACUCUGACAAUCUUAUUAGUUUUACCA